UUAUUUGUUUUAGUGGUGUAUUAAAAUUUUCUUACAAUUCGCAAAAUGUCUCUGACAUUCUGGGAUAUUUGCAAUGAUCUCAAAACAUUUUUGGAAAGCAUUUGUCGCACCUGUAGCCGGAUUGAAAAUGGUGAUGGGCAGUUGCAAUUUAAACGUAUAUUCGCCCCUGUUGAAGAGUCGCAGUCUACAUUUGCCGAAGAAGUCCAUGAAUACCGUGCAAGCGAUGAUAUCAAAGAUGUAUACGAUGAAAUACUACUUUGGAAACUUAAUAUCAAACCAAAUGACGGAUUGCCACAGCAGAUUUGUCAUGAAUGCUUGGAUCGUUUGAAUGGCGUAAAAAAUUUUCGCAACCUUUGCCUAGAUACGCAAACACUUUUACAAUCUUAUAUUAAUCAUGUGGAUACGCUUUUGGAGUCUGGCAGUUUAGGACAUUUGUCCCCUAGAGGAGAAUCGAUAAAAAGCGAAUCGCGCACUUCACCAGCGCCUUUGUUAUUUAACCCAGAGGACUUGGUAGAAGAGUCCCCCGAAACUCCUGAACGCAUGCAGCAAAAUUCUCCCGUGUUAAGUCCUAGAAUGCAGCAAGUGCAUCAAAGCCCUCGCUACAGUAAAGAGCUUGUCUACGCGGAAAGUUCUAUGGGCACACCUCCACCACUAUUUGACGAAAUGAAAACUGAGCCAAUUGACAUGGAGACAAUGGAGUAUUUAAAAGCAGAGUCUGACCCUGAAACUAAACAAAAUUCAGUUCAAAAUUCUGCUCAAUCUUUAGAUAUUUUGCAUCCAUUGAAUUUUAUCAGUAGCAGUGAGGACGAAGCCACCGAUGAUGGAAAUGUGACGGAUACUGAGACAGAUGUAAUGUCUCACGAUGCAAAUUACGUCCCCCGACAGUCGUUGCAGUGUAAAAUUUGUUUUGCGAUAUUUCCCAAGCGCUUUCUGCUAAAAGAACAUCGCUUACUGUUGCAUCCACAAGAAAAACCAUUUAUUUGUAAUAUUUGUUCGAAAGGAUUCAAGACUAAUUUUCUUUUGUCUCAACACAAGCACAAACAUAGUCGUCUUGACUCAAUAAAAUGUGAACAAUGUGGCAAGCAUUUCCGCAGUCAACUGCAUCUGCAACGGCACAAUAAGAAUUUUCAUCUUACAUCCACUUACACAUGCCACAUUUGUAAUGAGCAAUUCGAGAACUACACACAAAUGCGAUUUCAAUAUCACGUGCGGCAGCAUGGCGAAAAACGUUUUCAAUGCCAAUUCUGUGAAAAGUCAUUUCAUCAGAAAAUCCAUCAAAUCAACCAUGAACGUACACACACAAAGGAGCAGCCGUUCCGAUGUGAUGUCUGCGGAAAGUGUUACCGUCAGCAAACAGCUUGCCGCGAACACAUGUUGACGCACAAGGACCCUACUCCAUUUAAAUGUUCGAUUUGUCAAAAAGGUUUUACUCAACGAUCAAGUUUGCGUAUGCAUUUACGUGGCCACAGCAAUCAUAGUAUGAAACCGCUUUUUAAUUGCGAUUUAUGUGGGCAGACUUUCACUAAGGAAACACAAUUUGAGUGGCACAAAUUGAAUCAUAAAUCAUAUUGUAAGGAACCGGCAAAUAUAUUUGGAUUAGAAACCCAAACUUCACUUGGGCUAUCUCAUAAAGUAUUUGACUGCAAGUUGUGUGAUAAAUCGUUUCAAAAAAAGCAGUUGCUUUUACUGCAUGAACGCCAGUGUCAUGGAAAUAUUAUUGAAGAGGAAGGAGAUUCAGAGAGCGGGUUUCUCUAUGAUUCUCACUUUAAUAAUCUGCUACCGCACCGGACUGAUGCAGACAAUAUUGACAAGGACUUAUUAUCAUUAUUUACUAAGUAAACUUAUUAAUGUUCAUAUGUAAGUUGUGAAAUCAUAUUGUGGAAACUGGAAUAAAUAUAAUUUAACAU